GCGACGCAGGGACGACAAGCUCAGAGAGAUAAACCCACUCUGAAAUCACCAGGGUCGGGGAUAAAAAUAGUGAAAAACCACCGUCCAGCUUUCACCAAGCGCUGUUUAUAUUUCAUCACUUCAUCAAAGAGAGGGAGGCCUGCCCAGGAUGAACGGCGAGUCAGGUGCCGGUGUGGUGACUGCCCCCCCUCCCACCACAGCCCCCCACAAGGAGCGGUACUUUGACCGAGUGGAUGAGAGCAGUCCGGAGUACCAGAGGGAGAGAAACAUGGCACCCGACCUGCGGCAGGACUUCAACAUGAUGGAGCAGAGGAAAAGGGUCUCCAUGAUACUACAGAGCCCGGCAUUCUGCGACGAGCUGGAGACAAUGAUCCAGGAUCAGCUGAAGAAGGGGAAGACGCCCACUAGCCUGUUGGCUCUGCAGCAGAUCGCAGACUUCAUGACCACCAGUAUGCCUUCCAUGUAUCCCGCUGCCCCACAAGGAGGCAUGGCGGCACUCAACAUGAGUUUAGGUAUGGUGACUCCAGUGAAUGAUCUGCGUGGCUCAGACUCUAUUUCCUAUGACAAGGGUGAGAAGCUGCUUCGCUGCAAGCUGGCUGCCUUCUAUCGGCUCGCUGACUUAUUUGGCUGGUCCGAGCUCAUCUACAACCACCUCACAGUCAGGGUGAACUCAGAGCAGGAGCGCUUCCUGAUUGUCCCGUUUGGGCUCCUGUACAGUGAAGUCACAGCCUCCAGUCUGGUGAAGAUAAACCUUCAAGGUGAGAUAGUGGACCGGGGCAGCACCAAUCUCGGGGUGAACCAGGCUGGCUUCACUCUCCACUCUGCCAUCUAUUCUGCACGGCCCGAUGUUAAGUGUAUCGUACAUGUACACACCCCCGCGGGUGCUGCGGUGUCCGCCAUGAAAUGCGGCCUGUUGCCCAUCUCCCCCGAGGCACUGUCCCUGGGGGAGGUAGCCUAUCAUGACUACCAUGGCAUACUGGUGGAUGAGGAAGAAACUACUCUCAUACAGAGGAACCUUGGGCCUAACAGCAAGGUUCUCAUCCUGAGGAACCAUGGCUUGGUGUCUGUAGGCGAAACCGUGGAGGAAGCUUUCUAUUACAUCCACAAUCUGGUUACUGCCUGUGAGAUCCAGGUGCGAACACUGGUCAGCGCUGGAGGGCCAGAUAAUCUGCUGAUGCUGGACCCGGGUAAAUACAAGGCACGCCCACGGGUCCCGGAGCCAGCCGGCGACGGGUCCUCUACACAUCCCAAGUGGCUAGUCGGGGAGCAGGAGUUUGAGGCUCUUAUGAGAAUGCUCGACAACUUGGGCUACAGGACGGGUUACCCUUACCGCUGCCCGGCAUUGCGAGACAAAGCUAAAAAGUACAGUGACGUGGAGAUACCUCCCUCCGCCCACGGUGGUUACUCAUACGGGGAGGACAGUGACUCAGGUGCUCGCUCCCCGCUGAAGCACAGCUUCCAGCGCGGCCAGCGUGACAAGACCCGCUGGCUCAAUGCCAGCGGCCGGCCCGAGGAGCCCUGCGAGGACGGGCCCGACGGCAGCAGCCCCAAGUCGAAGCCUAAGUGGACAAAGGAAGACGGACUCCGCCAGGCUGCCGUAGCCAAUCAGUUCAUCCCAAUGAACACCAACCCAAAAGAUGUCCUGGAAAUGAGGAAUAAGAUCCGGGAACAGAACCUGCAGGACAUAAAGACAGCAGGGCCCCAGUCUCAGGUUCUGUGUGCCAGCACCAUCGUGGAACGAUCCUUUAACCAGGGGGAGCUAGUGACAGCGUCCAAGGCCAUCAUCGAAAAGGAGUACCAGCCCAAGGUUAUUGUUAGCAAGCAGGGUCCCAACCCCUUCACCAAACUCACCGACCAGGAGCUGGAGGACUACCGCAAGGAGGUGGAGCAGAAACAAAAAGGGACUGAAGUGCAGGGACGAGACGAUAAUAGGGAGGAAUCAGCCUCCACGGUACCCUGUCCUGAGCCUGAAAAGCUACCGGGGGGUCAAGCCUCUGUCUCUACACCUCUACAGUCUGCAUCCGACUCACCAAGCUUCGAGAAAGCAACGCCCGCUACACCAACAUCUUCUUCCCACGGCCUACCCAGUGGGGAGGAGCCAGCUCAGGGCGGCGCCGACUCUGCAGAGGCAGUUGUGGAUGACGUUUUCUCGACUGCAGAUGAGGUUCUUUUAGUUCCAGAUUCCCCAGAAAAGGAGUUCCACUGUGCCGUGGUGCGAGCCCUCAGCAAGGAGCAGUCAGUGGUAGAGGCAGCUAAGGCAGAUCUGGCUCCAGGUAGAACAGAUGAAGCGGAGUCGUGCCUAAAAUCUGGCCUCCCUCCUUCCCUGCUCAGCCUUGGCCUGUGUCACUACCUACCGCUGCACUGGGAUUGUGGGAAUCCCUGCCUGCUGUGUCCUCUCCUUCUACUGGGGGUUUGGAGUCUGCUGCCGCUGUUUUACCAUGCGCAAGCAUCCUCCCUACCCACAGUUCAAUCUUCGAAGCCUUUGCUUGAUUAUUUUUCCCCCCUCAUCCCCUCUCUCUGAUGUCUUGUCCAAAGGCAUCAGAGUUCUGGCAGAUCAGAUACCUUUCUGCAGUUUGAUUGGACGAGGAGCGGAGCAGUGAGGAUGUGAGGAGUAAAAAUCGAGCUCAUUUUAAGAUUUUCAACCACCCCUUGUCUUUGAGCAAGCUCUCUCAACUCUAAAAGUUGAAUGUCGUCCUAACCUUUUGAAGAAGCCAAAUCUGAGCUCAGUCAUCCAAUCAGAGCAACCCAUGUGAAGACAUGAAUAAUGGUGUCCUUCCUCUCUUCCUGUUAACCUGUCCUGGAUAUAUCUCUGUUGGUGUCCACUCUCCCUCUUAUGUCUCUGACUUAUUUCCAAUUAAGCUAAUGGUAGUUUAGGGUUGUUUGGCUCUAUGGGACAUUUCAAGGUUGCUUUUAUCGGGAUUUGGUUGAAAGCUUUUGCAGUGUUCUGAUUAAGGCUUCCUCCCUCGUUUGGUUCUUUGUGUUGUCCCAGCUUUUCUUUGUGUUGCGAUGUUGCUGGUGUUGAUAUCUUAAGAUACUUUCAGUCAAAAUGUGAUUUUACUUAAAUUUACAUUCCUUACGUAUUUGUGGU